AUGCGAUAUGAUGUUAUUCGGUGCGAUCGGCGCAACAGACGCGGUGGUGGCGUCGCCGUUAUUGUGAAGAAAAGCUUCACUCCUCGACUUGUAUUUGAGGAAUCCGUGGCCGACUCUUACGAACUUUUGUGCGCCGACCUUGACACGGAUCACGCCAUGAUUAGGGCUCCAUCGUGCACGGCUGCUGCAUUAGACCAGCUACUGAAGGCAAUUGGUGAUUUGAUAGCCAUCAAUUACUCGUCGCCGGUUGGGAAUAGUGAUCAUGCUUCCAUCGUCUUCACACUUGAGCUUGAGGUCAAGAAGGAU